AUGGUCAAGUUGCAACAGCAUGGCGCGAUAACCAAUGUCGAUUCUGGCAUUAUACCAAAGUUACCGACUAGGGAACAGAUUCAAAGAGAUGUUUUGGCGCACGAGGUCAAGAUAAAAGAAGCGGAACGCCAGCUAGAGGAACUUCGCGAAGAAGGCCGCAAACUCAAGGAGCACUUAAACGAUUCAUCCCCAUUCCUUUCUCUUCCGGUAGACGUCAUAUCUGAAAUAUUUUAUCAUUCCUACGACUGGCGCUACCGGUAUGAUUACGCACGCCUACCGGUACAAUUCGUUAUUGGAAGGACGUGUAGAGCUUGGAGAGAAAUCGCUUGGUCUCAAUCCCGCUUAUGGCAAGAUGUAACAAUUUCAUUGGCAGAUUCACGGUUCGAUGAUCAGCUCCGACUCCUUGAAAAAUGGCUUGACAGGAGUGCUGGUCGUUUGAUAUCUCUGACGCUCAAUUUGCACCCGGACUCGGUAAAGAAAACAUGGACCCCUCCUCCAGCGCUCUAUCAUACCAUUUUACAAACUUGCCAUCGAUGGAAAUCUGUGGGUAUCUACGAUGGCAUGUUCGAUGGUUUAAUAUCGACCAUGAAUAGCUGUGGGGUGGCCUUUCAAUUUCCGGAACUAGAGCGACUUUAUACCGGCGAAUCUACACAAUACUUCGCUGAAUGGCCUCUCAAUUUCCCCUCUCAGCUUCGAGAACUCCAUCUCUCUGUUGCUGAAACACUGGAAUUCCCAAAUAUCUCAGUGGACUGGUCACAACUUACCUCACUGUAUGUAUCGUGCGCAGUAGAGCCCCUCCUAGACGUUAUCCGACAAUGUCGCUCUCUCGUUUAUUUGAACUUCAACUGCCCCGACAACACAGAUGACGACGAUAUCGAUUCACAAAUAGUGGAAAACCCUCAUAAUCUUCCGUCGUUGGAUCGAAUCUCCUACUUGGGGGAAUCUUAUUGGCUCAGUCAAUUGAUGCGCAAUAUCACUGCACCAAAUUUGCAAUAUUUGUCCUCAAUUAUGGAACCGGAAGAAGCCAUUCCCGGACUUUGGGUGGCCAAUGCAAUCCGGAUGGUGAAACGUUCAAACUGCAAGCUCAAGCACUUCUCCAUUAUUGUCAAUUUCCCGUCAUUAUCUUUCGUGGAGCAGGAUUUUAUGGACCUUCUAAACGCGUUGCCUUACCUUGAGGCGAUUAAUAUUGAUUUCGGGCCCACCUUGACUAAUCGAUCCAUCGACCUCCUCACACCUGAAACCGAUUCGUCAUCUGCGGCGGGAGUAAAAUCGACUGUCCCCAAUCUUAGGAAUUUUAGGUUUCAUGGAGAUGUUUCUUUCGACCCGCAAAACUUUGUGGAUAUGGUCGAAUCCAGGUCACGUCUCAUUCAGGCCUCAAGCACCGCUGAUGCUAGCUCGAAGGCAGAUAUCUCCGUCCCCAAACGCCUUGAGCUGGAUAUACAUUGCCACAAUCGUCAUUGGUUGGAUGGGAAGAGUCCCACCGAGGCUGACACCUUUUAUGACCAUUUGCGUUCAUUUUCGUCAAAUGUUGUUGUUAAUAUCGAUGGUCCCUAA